GGACGCCUGGACCAGACUCAUGUUCUUCUCAAUCUUUUAUAGUGUAGCUGUAACCAUCUCAAGUGCCGUGGUCCACAGUGAUAUUUAUAAGGGAUUGGUUCUGCGAUAAUUGAAACAAGUAUGUGGAUUUUCGGUAUGUUAUCUUUUUGUUAUUAUUCAAAUUUGAAUUUUGAAAUCAACAAAUAUGAACUAAUAAAAACAAAUAAUUGUAGUUAGUGCAAAGUAUGCAUAUUUACCGAAAUAAAGAAAAUUAUAAUGGAAUGGAGACCAUAAUAGAUGUGGAACAAUUAAAAUGAUGGUCAUAAUUAUUAAAUAAUUUCGACUAAAACAAGUUCUUAUCCAAUUUUUAUUUUAUAAAUAGAUAUAAUUGAUCUUUAUAGUUUUGAAAAAAAAAUCAGGCUUUGUCAAUUAAUAAAAAGUUAUAUGUAUAAAUACAUCCGAUAAAGAGGCUGCAGCUGAAGUUUCUGCUCUUGGUUCGAGUAGUAUUGGCCAUCUAGUCGUAUUUUAAAUGAAUUUAAUCGUCUAUGAAUGUAUCCGAAUAUAAGAUUUCGUGAAAUUAGUAUUUUGGUCUAGAAAGUUCGGGAUCUCCAGGGAUCAAAAUAAAAAGCAAAAAUACAUGUGGACUGCAGCACUUGAUAUAAAUGCCAAGAAGCAAGUGAGAAAACAAAGACUCCAAAGUCAUCACUUGUCUCCUCUUCCUUUCUUCUCGGCAACAACCACAACACACCAAAGAAGAAGAAGUGACAUCAAGACACAUCAUGUCUCCCCCUCUCCAAUGCUUUACAAUAUCCAUAGUCCUGUUUCUGAGCUUCUCCAGUGUUCUGUCUCACUCCGACCGGAUCACGCGUCUACCCGGUCAACCCCGGGUCGGAUUCCAGCAGUACUCUGGUUAUGUCACCGUCGACGAAAAGAAACAGAGGGCUCUGUUUUACUACUUGGCCGAAGCUGAAACCGAUCCCAUUAAUAAGCCUCUGGUUCUCUGGCUCAAUGGAGGACCUGGAUGUUCAUCUUUGGGUGUUGGUGCAUUCUCAGAGAACGGACCAUUUAGACCAAAAGGACCUGUUUUGGUCAAGAAUCAACAUAGCUGGAACCAAGAGGCAAAUAUGUUGUAUCUAGAGACACCUGUUGGAGUUGGAUUCUCAUAUUCAACUCAGUAUGAGAGUGUGAAUGAUAAAAUCACUGCAAGAGACAACCUUGUGUUCUUGCAAAGAUGGUUCCUCAAGUUCCCUCACUAUCUCAAUCGAAGUCUCUUCAUCACUGGCGAAAGUUAUGCGGGCCAUUAUGUUCCCCAACUAGCUGAGCUUAUGAUUCAGUACAACCAGAAGCACCAUCUGUUCAAUCUCAGAGGAAUUGCUAUUGGCAAUCCGGUUCUGGAGUUUUCAACUGACUUCAAUUCCCGGGCUGAGUACUUCUGGUCUCACGGCUUGAUCUCGGACUCAACUUACAAAAUGUUCACUUCUUACUGUAAUUACUCACGCUAUGUGAGUGAGUACUAUAGAGGGUCAAUGUCUAGUAUCUGCUCUAAAGUGAUGAGUCAAGUUAGCACUGAGACUAGCCGUUUUGUCGACAAGUAUGAUGUCACUCUCGACGUCUGCAUUCCCUCUGUGCUAUCUCAAUCCAAAGUCGUAAGCCCUAACCAAGUGGGAGAAUCUGUGGAUGUAUGUGUGGAAGAUGAGACGGUGAAGUAUCUAAACCGAAGAGAUGUGCAGGAAGCUCUUCAUGCUAGACUCGUAGGAGUACGCGAAUGGACAGUUUGCAGCAAUGUUCUUGAUUACCAAUUGCUUGAUGUGGAAAUACCGACCAUUAACAUCGUAGGGAGCCUUGUUCAAGCUGGAGUUCCUGUUCUUGUGUACAGUGGAGAUCAAGAUUCAGUGAUCCCGUUGACAGGAAGUAGAACCUUAGUGAACAGAUUGGCCAAACGAUUGGGACUGAGAACAAGUGUGCCUUAUCGAGUCUGGUUUGCAGGACAACAGGUUGGUGGCUGGACUCAAGUCUAUGGAAAUGUCUUGUCAUUUGCAACUGUGCGAGGAGCUUCACAUGAGGUCCCAUUCUCACAGCCUCAUAGAUCACUAGUGCUUUUCAAAGCGUUCUUGGACGGUCAUCCUCUUCCUGAAGAGUUCUGAUACUAACCGUGAUCGCUUUUGUAAAGAUUUUGGCAAAUGGUUUAACCUAAGAAUAUGGUUUAUUUAAUCGGCGAAAAAAAGCCAAGAAAAAAAAAGCGGAAAGAUUUGUUUUAUUUUUGUUGUUGUAAAAGAUGUGAACCUUGUGGUAGGAAGGAAGUGUAUGUUCUUGGAAGUUGAGUGUUGUGUUAAACUACGACAGGAGCUUCUACUUGCAUUGUUAAGUCUUUAAAUUCAAGGGCUAUGAUUGGUUUUGA